AGGGAUUUUGCAUGGAUGCCACAGAGAAAGGCCGAGCCAAUCACAGGGAGGCAGCUGCAUGUAAAAUUCGCCGCUGAGUUUGAGGACUGGAUUGAGCACAUUGUGCUGUGGGACAGCAGGAAUCAAGCAUCUGGGGUCGCUCUCACAUAUACUGUAUUAAACUGAUGCGCACUAAUGCGCACACUGGCACAUCUGACGCGCGCCUUCGGUUACGCUUCUAUCACGGUGAGACGCGUUUAAAUCGAGGAUUAUUAUUUUAGACAGACUCCGAUCGUGAGUAUAACGGACAUCAGCUGCGUUUGACAGUUUGUAAUUUCCCCCGUUUGUUUGUUGUGUGAAAUCAUUGCUCCUCGGACACCCCUUACGCAUUAGAAAGCUUCCGAUAUCGCACAAGUUUGUAACUGGAACUGGUUUUCGGACACGUCGUUUUGGAGAUUUGUAUCAUUCGGACGGUGGUCCUCUUGUAUGGAUGUAGUGACUCGGACUGAGUCGGACCGAUCCGGGGGUUCCAGACGCGCUUCCCCGAGAUUCCCCAGCAGCAUCACCGUCCAGCCGAGCGCAUCCAGCAGCAGUCGACAUGAUCCUUCUGGGAAUACUUCUAAAUCUGUUCGUCAUUAAGGGGGCUGUUCCCUCUGUGGUGCCAGUGUUCCCCGGGACUGUGGACUGCAUAGAGGCUGUAAAUGAAUGUAUGGUGGACCCUGAGUGUAAGCGGCAGUUCCGGCAUCUGGAGUACUGCGUGGACGAGGAGGCGGUGGCUCCCCUCAGUCUGGAGGGGCGGCAGGUCUGCGUCGAUGCCCAGAACAACCUCAUGCACUAUCAGAACCUGCAAGAAUGCAAGUGUCAGCGAGGCUCUCGCUUGGAGCAACAGUGCCUGAGCGUUUACUGGACUGUCCGUUUUCCACAGGGUUAUGAUGACAUUGAGACGUCCCCAUACGAAGACAUUGAACUGGAACUUGUGAGAAAUAGCGAAACAUCAAAACUAGCCUCAAUAGUUUCAGUGUCCUCCCUUCCUCUGACGGACCAGAACCAGUGUCUGAAAGCAGCUCAGGACUGUGGGUUGUACGAGAAGUGUGGUUCCCUGCGCUCUGAGUACGCCUUAGCUUGCACUAAGAUCAUACCUGGCACGAACCACUGUAACCGGCACAAAUGUCACCGGGCCCUGCGGAGGUUCCUGGAGCGAGUUCCAGAGGAGUACAGCUUCGGUGUCUUAUUUUGUCCCUGUUCGGAUACUCUGUGCGGGGAGAGAAGGAGAAAAACCAUUGUGCCCUCCUGUUCCUAUGAGGAGCGAGACGGACAGCCCAACUGCCUCAAUCUGGAGAGUUACUGCCUCAAAGACAACCUGUGCAGGUCAAGAUUGGCUGAUUUCCAGCAGAACUGUCAGCCGUCUUCUUACUCUUCCUCCGGCUGUCUCCGGGAAAGUGGAGCCGUGUGCCUCAAGGCCUACGCCGGGCUCAUCGGAACCAUCAUGACACCAAACUACGUGAGUAACAGCAGUACAGAGGUGUCACAGUGGUGUAAUUGCGAAGGCAGCGGGAAUCAGUGGCAAGACUGCCUGCGAAUCCUGCACAUGUUCAACAGCAACAACUGCCUGCGUAAUGCCAUCGAUAACAUGGGAAGCUCCACCCCUCGCCCAGUAGAAGCCACGCCCCUUCCUCCUCCUCGCCCCUCCCCUCAGGUCCAGCGGGAUGAGCUGAACGUCAACACCCUGCCUGAACCCAACGCAGUGACUGAAAGUGAAGAAGAUGUGGAGGAAGAAGAAGAGGAGGAGGAGGAGGAGGAAGAAGACCAAACCGAAGGAGGAGGAGGGUUCAACAUCAUCCCUCCGUUCUCAGAUAAGGCGACAGUCACUAACCUGGGCUCUGAGGCUGGAAGAGUCCACAGCUGGGCCUCCACCCUCUCCAUCCCUCACUUCCUACUCGCGGUCCUAUUGCUGAUUGCUCUCAGCUGGGGGUAGAAACCCUCACUCACAAACACACACCUACACACACUCUUACACAAAACACGCAAACACACUUCCUCCUAAAGUACUCGCUCACAUCCAGACUCUACCAUCGAGGGACGACAAGAACGACAGAUCGAAGUGCGAAACGAGCGGACAACUGUUCUAUCCCUCUUUCCUUCUUUCAUUCAUUCAUUUUCUCCUUCUCGGGAAGAGGGUCUGCUAUAGAUAUAGAUGCUUAUUCAUUAGGGAAUCGCUUCCUGAACGGGAUUCCCUGCCUGAAUCAUUUGAAUCACACAGAAGACUCACGACUCCUCGGACUGACAGUAGCCGAUGGUGAACGAAUGAUCAUGCCAUGUAUCUAUCUAUUGUAUAAUGUCAAUGUGCUUCAGAAAAGCGAGUUAAACCAGGAAAGCGUUGGCUUUCCUUGGGUUUGGAAAACCCGCCGUGUUUAUUGUCGCUGAUCAUGUCGUUGUAUGAAAUGAGACAAAAUGUAUGUGUUUGUAAGUAUGUGAUUCGCUUGACACGAGAGCAAAAAACAUGUCGAGCACGAUUUUCGAAUCUACCCAUUUCUCACGCCUCCAUGUCUCUGGAAUCAGGCCGCACACCUAAUCACACACACACGCCUCUGCCCCGCUGCGGAGCCCAUCGCGCAGAUGCAAGCCGUUUCCAUUUAUUGCUCUAUCUGCGAUGUGCUUUCAUUUUUUGACUCAGCACAGACUGUGCACUCUAACCAGGGGCAUAAAUAAAAAACACGUCCGCGAACAGAAAAAAAACAUGAGUAAUAAAGGCGAAAAUAAAGAAAUAAACACACUAAAUAAAUAAAUAUACCCCCGCACAGCAGGUGUCGGAGUCCGGUCUGGGUUUAGAACCCGAGGGGAAGAAACAGGAAGUCAUUUUCCACCCGCCUGUCGCCUGGUACCUCUCCCUGUGCCUGUUGUUUUACUUUCACAGAGAUAAUGGCUUACAACACAAACUGUUUAUCUUGUUGUGUGUUCACGGGGACGAAUGACUCGUGAUGGGAACGAAAUAGAAAAAAGAGAUCAAGGGAGGGAACAGACGGAGACAGGGAGAGACUCAAACCCUCCAGCGAAGAGAAAAAACAUACAGUCUAGAAUCACAUGCCUUUUCUGUUUCUUAUAAAUCUUUUGCUGACACCGAUGCUUUUUUCUCAAUCUCGUUUCGUUUCCUCGCUCCCGUGCAUGUCCAUCCGUGGAAGUGAGAGAGAGAGAACAUGGGUGCACUUGUAGUGGAUUGGAUCAAGAACUUACUUCUCGACCGUUGAAGGAGUAUGUUCAGUAGGUCUGUAGCAUGAAUACAAGAUUUGGGGAGAAUUGCAGAAUUGUAUUCCCCUUGGACCGCAAGUGGCAGCCCAUUGUAAAGUCUGUUCAAAAAUAUGACACAUCAUCACAAUAUUAUCUACAUAAUCAAAAUAGCCUUUAAUCGCGAUUAAUCACUUGACAGCACUAAUAAUGUAAUUUCUGUAACUUUUCAGUUGCUAAGAAUUUUGUCUGGAAACAAUUCAAAACAAUUCUCUCUCUCUUUAAACUUUUAAAGGUUACUGUGAUAUGAUAUUUGGUAACACUUUCCUUAAUGCCUUUAUGUAUAAUGCAUUAUAAAGCCAGUUUUAAUGCAUUCAUUAUGUAUUGUACAAUCUCUUGAAUAAUUGUAUCCAUAGUUAAUACAUUAUAACACUUUUUAAUUGGUUAUAAUGAUUACCCUUUAUAUACACAUUAUAACUUUUAAUAACCUUUUAUAAUGCAUUACACAUAAAGGUGUUAAGUAAAGUGUUAACCAAUUCUUUGACGAAUAGAUACAGAAUAGAACAGAAACAGGAUAUUUUUUUUUUUUUUACUGACAAACAAGUUCAAAAGACUAAUUAAAAACUUAUUUAAAAAUCAUCAAAUAAUCAUUGAAACAAGAUAAAUCAACACAGCAUAAGACUUAUGCAAAAAACACAAAUGUAUUUUGUCUUACUGCAUUAGUAGAAUUUUUAGUUUUAAGAAAAAUACUCACAGUAAAAAUACAUCGCAUUUAAUAUCUAAUGAAGUGCUAAUGUAAGUAAAUGAAUCUUGUUGUAGGGAUAUUCAAAUAUUUUUCUGAUAAGUAAAAAACUGAUUCAGUCUCCAUCUACUUCCUUCCAGAUGGGUUUUUAGAGCAUGAGUGCCACUGAACACAUUCACCUCCCUCCUCCUCCUCCUCCUCCUCCUCCUCUUCUCUGGAAGAAAUUAAAGCUUAGCUAAAGUGCCCAUAUCUCAUCUGGCAUUCUCAAGAAGCACCUUUGAUUACACCGACAUGACUUAACAAUCAGAUUCAGAACUGAUCUAUUAUGCGGAGGAACACUGAGGGGUGCGCUCUGAUUGAACAGACGUCGUGCUCCUCAACGUUUUCUUCUCCGUGGCAAGGUCAGUGAGCCACGCAACGCGCCCGCUCAAUCAGUAGGGUUAAUUAAGAGAAGAAACGAGAGCGCCUUUGGAUUGAUGCGCCUGUCGAAAUAGCGGGCAGCCUUUAUGAUGGCUGUUGUUAUUUUUUAAUUGUUAUCGGGGGCCAGUGUCGUCCGCCCAGCCAUAACAGAGGGAGGCAGAGAAUGAGUGACAUUGGAGGAGGAGAGUAAAAGCAUGGGUGUCAGUGAUUCUCAUUACAAUAUUUAAAAAAAAAUAAACAAAUAAACCAUGCGUUAAAUAAAUGCACAUUGCAGAAAAGUUUUGGGAGGCAUAGACAGAAGAGAAGUAUUAGCUCUGUUCUGAGACCUAGCGAGCUUCCUACUUAGUGUUUGAAGGCUACUGAAAUGCAAUAAGAUACAACACCUUGUUUUGGUCAAAUUUUAAAGUAGGCCUACACUUUCACACAAUGUUGAUUAUAAAUAUUUUUACUCUUAAAAACUGAUAAAAACAGUUCAAUCUAAUUAAAGAAUGACUAUCUUACCUAAUUAUUCUGUAUAUGCUGCAAAAAUGAUUUCUUAAUGAGUUUUUAAUUAGUCUUUUUUAACUUGCUUAUCCAUAAAAAUAUUUAAAAAUCCUUCCGGGAAAACUACAUAAGACAUUAAAACUUACAUUUAUUUUUAAUGAGUAUUAAAGAGUUUUAAAUCAUUUAUGUUUUAAAAAAUAAAUAAAUCUGCUAGUGCAUCAUACACUUGUAUUAUCGGAAAUCAUAUACUAAUAUCUUAUGCAGUGUUGUCUCUCAAGUGAUGUUAUCUGGUUCAAGGAUGUUUGGAAAUUGUAACUGGAGCACAAGACAAAAACUAAAUCAAACGAAUUACUGUGCAUACACUGUAAAACAUCGUAGAGAAUGUUUAAUUAUUCUACAUAUUUUCUGCUGAUUUUCAAGUAAUCUUGUUUCAAGGAUUCUAUGAGUCUAACUUUUCCCCCACAAUUAUUAUUUUUUGACUUGCGUUUUAGUGAAAUAUUUGUCAAACCCUUAAAAUAUUUACCUGAGCAACAUCACAUAAGAUAUAAAAACUUGAAUGUAAUAUUAGAGUAUUUUGUCUGUUCAUUAACUCUCCCAGUGCAGCAAGACAUAAUACACUCCAGUUCUCAAAAAAACAAAAAACAAACUAAAACUAACAAACAAUGCUGUGUUGCUUCUCAAGUAAUUUAAUCUUGUUUCAAGGAUUUUUAUAUAUUUUAACUGUAAAACAAAACUGUAUUUAAUGUGUAUUGGCAUAUCAUCCUGUUAGCUUAGCAGCACGCUAAUAUCAAACUCAAAAUAGUAAGUCAAGUUUUCAUGCUUGUAGCACAACUUCUCUAAUAAAUCUGGUUAACCAGCAUAAUCUUGUCUGGGUAAGCUAGCUGAUCCACCAGGGAACACCCGUGUCGUGAACCAGCGUUCAAAACAUGCCCAGUUCUGGGACAGAGCUAGAGAGACGGAUCCCACACUAAAUUAACCAUAACAGUUCUGUUGUUUGCUUGCGUGUGCCGCAUUACAACCACGACUUGGCCCAUACACAGAUUUGCUUCAUAUGAGUCUUACAUUUCCUCCGCAUCCAUCUGCGCCUGUGUAAACAAGAGAAACCUGCCACAGCGAAGGCUCUGCGCCGAGCGCUAGAUUGCGGGGAGCAAGGACAGGAAAAGAGAUAAACACACAAUAAGGGAUAAAGGGAUGGAGAAAGUGGAGGAGAGAGAGCGAGAGUAUGGGUUAGAGAAAAAAGCACCCCGGCGAGAGAGCUGCGAGCGUGAUUGAGAGAGAAAGAGAGGAGCGGGAAGAUUGCAGUAGAGAGAGAGAGAGGAGUUUACCCUGUAGGCUCAUAGCUUUAUUAUUAUAGUAUGCGGACACUGAUUUAUUUGGCGGCUGCAGGCACCCGUACUGAAACUCAUUUCAGUUGUACUGAUCUUGAUUCGCUCUCUCUGUCUCUCUCUCUUUCUCUCUCUCUCCUCUGGCUGUGCAUUGUGAGCCCACUGGACUGUCCCACUGUUUGUCACCCCACAAUGCAUCAUCAAUUGCAUGAAAAUAAUCACCACUGCUAAUGAUGUUCUAAUGAAGAUACCCAAAAUAGUCUGUAUUUAAUCUUCUUUUAUGGAGUGCACUUACGUUUUUUUUUCCACAGCACUGUAUUUUCACUUUUAAUGAUGGCUUGACAGAUUUAUUUUGUCUUGUUUUGUAGUUCAUUUUAAUGAAACUCUCAACAAUGA